GGGGUUCCUUGGUCAUUUACUAGUGAACGGUGUUCCUGGUUUCCGCUCUCUUCCGGGCAUGGAGGAGGUGUCCGUAUUGCAGGCCCCUCCACGGGCGUUCUCUGAAACCCCAUUGGUGUACUCCCUGUCCCCACGUGUUCAGCCACGGAGGGACGGACGCACUUCCACCUAAGCUGGCUCACUCCGCUGGGCCCUGAACGUGGGGGCGGCCGGGGAGCGGCUCGCAGAGCACACGGCAGAGACCCAUCCCUAGGAUGACAAGAGCCGGCGCUGCCCCACCCCGUCCCCGGCUGGAGUGCGCUCCGGCAGGACCCAGCUGUUCUCCGAGAGCCCAGAGAAUCGAGGCGUUUACGCAAAAGCCCGAGGAGCUGAGCGCUUGCUUCGGGGAGACGCCCCGAAUGGAGCGGGAUCCAGCCCCGCCCAAGAGCAACCUCUGCUCGGCCAGGACCCGCUUCCCCACCCUGGGGAACCCGUGCAGCAGCCGGGGCCAUGAAGCCGCCGAGGGCUCCCACCAGCCCGGCCGGGUCAACCUCGACCUGCGGCACGGUGCCGCGGCCCCUAGGAUGGCUCCCCUGCUCCCCGCGGGUCCCAGCGACCGCCCCAGCUCCCCGAGUCCCAGCAGCGCGUCCUUUCCGGCCCGCCCCCGGCACCGCCGACCGCUUUACGGCGGAGGUCGCGCCGCACAGCAGGCUGCCGUAAAGCGCUCCCAGGCGGAGCCGCCGCCGCGCGGCCGGGGCUCCUCACUCUGACGGGCCCGCGUGCAGGAUGGCCGGCGCCGCGCCGCGGGUCCGCUACCUGGCGGGCUUCUGCUGCCCUCUCGGGGGCCUGGCGGCGGGCAAGCCCCGCGUGCUGUGCCAUGAGGCAGAGGUCUUCCUGUCCACCGGGAGCGAGCUCGUCUACGUGUACGACCAGGACGGCGGGCUGCUGACCGCGGCGUUCCGGUUCCCCGACCAGGUGUGGCACCUGGAGCUGCUGGCGCCGCGCAGGUUGCUGUACGCGCUGUGCGCCCGGAGGGGCCUUUACUGCCUGUCGCUGGACCACCCGGGCAGGAGCAGGUCUACGAGCCAGGAUGACAGGGACAGCGAGGAUGGUGACCAGCCUUCGCCCGUGAUCCCUGUGGACCCCGACGCCUGCAUACUUCCUGAUGCUGCGCUGUGCGCGUUCACCUUGCUGGACAGUGUGCUGGUCACCCUGGUGCAGGGCCCUACGCGAUGGAAGAUGCAGCUGUUUGAGCAGCCCUGUCCUGGGGAGGACCCCCGGCCAGGAGGCCAGAUCGGUGAGGUGGAGCUGUCCUCCUACACACCCCCAGCCGGGGUCCCAGGAAAGCCUGCAGCUCCCCACUUCCUUCCAGUGCUGUGCUGUGUGUCACCGUCAGGCUCCAGGGUCCCGCACGACCUGCUCGGGGGCUCCGGGGGCUUCACGCUGGAGGACGCCCUCUUCGGGCUCCUCUUUGGAGCUGAUGCCACCCUCCUGCAGUCACCUGUGGUCCUCUGUGGUCUCCCUGAUGGCCAGCUCUGCUGUGUGAUCCUGAAGGCCCUGGUCACCUCCAGGUCAGCCCCUGGUGACCCAAAUGCCCUUGUCAAGAUCCUCCAUCACCUGGAGGAGCCCGUCAUCUUCAUAGGGGCCUUGAAGACCGAGCCACAGGCUGCAGAAGCCGCAGAGAAUUUUCUGCCUGACGAGGAUGUGCACUGUGACUGUCUGGUGGCCCUUGGUCACCACGGCCGGAUGCUGGCCAUCAAGGCCAGCUGGGAUGAGUCCGGGAAGCUGGUGCCCGAGCUGCGGGAGUACUGCCUCCCAGGCCCCAUGCUCUGCGCUGCCUGUGGUGGGGGUGGCCGCGUGUACCACAGCACCCCUUCUGACCUCUGUGUGGUGGAUCUGUCUCGGGGAAGCACCCUGCUGGGCCCUGAGCAGCCCGAAGAAGGCCCGGGAGGCCUGCCCCCCAUGCUGUGCCCAGCCAGCCUGAACAUCUGCAGUGUCGUCUCUCUGUCCGCGUCUCCCAGGACGCAUGAAGGUGGCACCAAGCUCCUGGCCCUGUCCGCCAAAGGCCGCCUGAUGACCUGCAGCCUGGACCUGGACUCUGAGAUGCCUGGCCCAGCCAGGAUGACCACAGAGAGUGCAGGCCGGAAAAUAAAGGAGCUGCUCUCUGGAAUUGGCAACAUCUCUGAGAGAGUGUCUUUUCUAAAGAAAGCGGUUGACCAGCGGAACAAGGCACUGACAAGCCUCAACGAGGCCAUGAACGUGAGCUGUGCACUGCUGUCAAGCGGCACGGGCCCCAGACCCAUCUCCUGCACCACCAGCACCACCUGGAGCCGCCUGCAGACACAGGAUGUGCUCAUGGCCACCUGCGUGCUAGAGAACAGCAGCAACUUCAGCCUGGACCAGGGGUGGACCCUGUGCAUCCAGGUGCUCACCAGCUCCUGUGCCCUCGACCUGGACUCGGCCUGCUCCGCCAUCACCUACACCAUCCCCGUGGACCAGCUCGGCCCCGGUGCUCGGCGGGAGGUGACACUACCCCUGGGCCCUGGUGAGAACGGCGGGCUCGACCUGCCCGUGACCGUGUCCUGCACGCUGUUCUACAGUCUCAGGGAGGUGGUGGGCGGGGCCCUUGCCCCCUCGGACUCUGAGGACCCCUUUCUGGAUGAGUGCCCCUCCGAUGUCCUGCCAGAGCAAGAGGGCGUUUGCCUGCCCCUGAGCAGGCACACAGUGGACAUGCUGCAAUGUCUGCGCUUCCCUGGCCUGGCCCCGCCACACACACGGGCCCCCUCCCCACUCGGCCCCACCCGAGACCCUGUGGCCACUUUUCUGGAAACUUGUCGGGAGCCUGGCAGCCAGCCAGCAGGACCCGCCUCCCUGCGGGCCGAGUACCUGCCCCCAUCAGUAGCUUCCAUCAAGGUGUCGGCGGAGCUGCUCAGAGCUGCCUUGAAGGACGGCCACUCAGGCGUGCCCCUGUGCUGUGCCACCCUGCAAUGGCUCCUUGCUGAGAAUGCUGCUGUGGAUGUCGUGAAGGCCCGAGCACUAUCUUCCAUCCAGGGAGUGGCCCCUGAUGGCGCUGACGUUCACCUCAUCGUCCGAGAGGUGGCCAUGACCGACCUCUGCCCAGCAGGGCCCAUCCAGGCCGUGGAGAUUCAAGUGGAAAGCUCCUCUCUGGCCGACAUUUGCAGGGCGCACCAUGCCAUUGUCGGGCGCAUGCAGACGAUGGUGACAGAGCAGGCCGCCCAGGGCUCCAGCGCUCCUGAUCUCCGUGUGCAGUAUCUCCGCCAGAUCCACGCCAACCACGAGACGCUGCUGCGGGAGGUGCAGACCCUGCGCGACCGGCUAUGCACGGAGGAUGAGGCCAGCUCCUGUGCCACCGCCCAGAGGCUGCUGCAGGUGUACCGGCAGCUGCGCCACCCCAGCCUCAUCCUGCUGUGACCAGGCGGGCCUGCCCCUGGCCGCGGCUCUGGCUACGCUUCCAGCCUCUGUAAUAGCCCCCCAGGCCUUCAUGGUUUUAGAGGAAAACCGAGUUGGCCUGGCCAGAGCCGUCAGGGAACGUGGGACCUGGCCACGUAGGAGCAGAACACUCAUGAGAGUGCUUGGAGGCCGUGGAGCACAAAGCAGAUUCUGACUGGGAGCAACCGAGGCGGGCCCUGAACCUGGCCGGUCCAGCUUCGCGUCCUCUGCUGGUGUCUCUCCGUCUCUGACCGCAGCCGCAGCCCUUACACUCGCCUUCCUCACUGCUGGGCAGCCUUUCCGCCACAGCAGCAGCCCCUGAGGCCAGGAGGCAGUGCGGUGCAUUCUGGACCCCGAGGGCCAGAGAAACAGGAUUUCUGGGGUUUGGACUUCGGGUGAGUUUGUAACUGUUGCUGCCACACCGCCAGGAGCACCGGCUGCCCCUCUGGGUGGCACUACCAGGUGCCCCACGGUACCCUUGUCACACUGUUCACACCUGCCCGGCUGCCCACUCCGGGACUCCGAGGUAGGAGGGUGCUCCCUGAGACCAAAGCACAAAACAGCAUGCAGGGAGCUCCUGCAAGUGCCCGUGGCCUCAUGCCACACCAAGGAAGGGCCAUCGGGUGGCCUGUGGCCGGAAUGCUCAACACCUAGGUGCCUCCGGCCGGGGCAGUACCCAGCACUGUGCACUAUUUUCAGGGCCACUCAGGGUGGCGCUGUGGCCCGGGGGCGCCCUGAGCCCCAGCCCCCAGCUGCCUCCCUCAGCCUGGGCUACGGCCCACCUCCUGGUGCUGGUGUUUUCAUCUGGGGAGGGUGCUCGCGCCGCUCCCGCUGCAGGCACUGUCCGCAACGAGUGCGGGUAGGAGCCGUGAGGUGCUUCUCUGCUGUGACAAACGACCCUGUCUGUGAAACUUCA